CAUUAGUCACACCCCUUUCUCGCAUAGUUCUCCAUCCAGACCAGCAGUGUUCUGUGUUUCCCUCUGGCUAAUAUAUAGUCUUAUUCCAGAUCGGAAGUGGACACAAGCCUUAUGAUCACAAUGUUUUCGUUCCUCAAGAGUCUUUUGUUCGGCUAUCCUGAUACAAACACCAACACCAGGCCGGACACCAGUGACACCAGGCCGGACACCAGUGGCACCAGGCCGGACACCAGUGGCACCAGGCCGGACACCAGUGGCACCAGGCCGGACACCAUUGGCACCAGGCCGGACACCAGUGGCACCAGGCCGGACACCAGUGGCACCAGGCCGGACACCAGUGGCACCAGGCCGGACACCAGUGGCACCAGGCCGGACACCAGUGGCACCAGGCCGGACACCAGUGGCACCAGGCCGGACACCAGUGGCACCAGGCCGGACACCAGUGGCACCAGGCCGGACACCAGUGGCACCAGGCCGGACACCAGUGGCACCAGGCCGGACACCAGUGGCACCAGGCCGGACACCAGUGACACCAGGCCGGACACCAGUGGCACCAGGCCGGACACCAGUGGCACCAGGCCGGACACCAGUGGCACCAGGCCGGACACCAGUGACACCAGGCCGGACACCAGUGACACCAGGCCGGACACCAGUACGUUUCAACGACUUAGUGAGAAUGACGUAAAACCGGUCUGUUUUCAGGAGACAGACACGGUCCAGAAUGUUAAGUCUGCCAUAGCUUCAGAACUUGAUGAAGAUAGAAAUAACAUCGGCAUUGUCGAUAAUGACAAGGUGAUAGAUGGGUCACGCUCAGUCCAAGACCUGUCGCGCCCCCUACAGGUGGUGGUACACAACGCUAAUAGGACACUUCCCCAACGGCUUCAAACGGAUAAAAAAGAUAUGAUGAAUGAUUGGGAAGAGGAACCAAGAUGUUUGAUGUCAUGCGGACAUGCUAUAACACCGGACAAUUUAUACGACUACUGUUGGGCAGAACUUACCAACAAACUUGCCACCACUUUCCACUGUUUUGCUCAAGUGGGUGGAAGACAGACGGAAAGUUGUAAUGCAGAGUGGGGAUUCCAGGAAGUAGUUGUCGGCGCAUGCUUGUCUGUAGAUGAACGGGUUCUUUUUCAGUCCCGUAUCAAUCGAAACUUUGUUUAUCAGUCCAGCGAUAUCCGCGAAUGCCCAAACUGUCACGUGACCUGUACACGGCAAAACUCGAAUAACCCGCGAGUAGUGUGUGUCUUUUGUAAAAAAGCAGGUAAAGCUGAGCACGAAUUCUGUUGGUUAUGUAUGUUGCCAUGGAAACCUAACCACAUCUGCAGCAAGGACGCGUUACAGCAGAUUCUAAAGACAUGCACAAAGAAAGACAUUGUUGGAGUUUCUGGAUGUCCGUCUAUACGCGCAUGUCCCAAAUGCAAGAUCCUUAUUCAGCAUAAGGAGGCAUGUAAGCAUAUGAACUGUCGGGAAUGUAAGACCGCAUUCUGCUUCAUCUGUCUCAAUGUAAGAGGAUCACGUGGUUUUUCUUGUGGUUCGUACAACAGCCCGUGCAGAAUCGCUCCAAUACAGACAUACAAUUGAACAUUUGUAUUGAAGUGCCUUGUUGAUUGGUAAUGGUAGCAGCACCCUUCAUAACAUUGUUUUAAAAAAUAACAUAUCUUGACGUAUCAAACGGUAAAAUAUUUUAAUAUGUAAACUUUAACAUUUCUUUAUAUCGCUUUCGGACUCAGUUUUCUAGACCAUAUACUAUAGGGACUAAUUCAAGUCCCUUAACAAAAUGCAUUAUAUGUAUACUUGACUUAAAUUGUUAUACACAACACAUACAAUGAUAUUUCAUUCUAUUUUCAAGUGCUUCACACACGGUUAUUGUUAAUCUGUGCGACGCAAGUGGUGAAAUACGCAAGUGUAAGAGUUAUGAGUAGAAAUCAUUUCCAGUUAUUCAAAUAAAGAUUUAAA